GGGGUAUUUGACCGGUGUGUGUUCUCAAGAUUGGAAGACAUGACAGUGUUCAGGAGCAGCGUUCUGGUACAGGUUGGAAACUCUGAAGUUCUGAAAACCUUAAUAGACACAGAAAAGAAGAGGAGGAAUGGAAGUGCUGCUGAGUAAGUUCAGCUGACUAGUUCAGCCAACAGAAACGCCCUGCUCUAACAGACUUUCCAAGACAACACUAGAACUCUUCUAAGUCAAGCUGUGUGUCAGUCCGCUGUGUAUCAGUCCGCUGUGUAUCAGUCCGCUGUGUGACAGUCCGCUGUGUGACAGUCCGCUGUGUGACAGUCCGCUGUGUGUCAGUGAGCUGCAGGGAUGGCGCACCACGAGCAGAGCACAGCCACUUUCCCAGAACACAUCCGCAAGAAACGGAACGGUGAACAGCUGAGCGCUGGGGAGAUCCGAGACUUCAUACAGGGUGUCAAGGACAAGACCAUCCAAGAGAGCCAGAUUGGAGCCAUGCUGAUGGCAAUCUGGCUGCAGGGAAUGGUAGCAGAGGAGACUCUCGCACUGACGAAGGAGAUGAUGAUGUCAGGGGAAGUGAUGUCAUGGCCGGCAGAGUGGGAGGGGCUAAUGGUGGAUAAACACUCGACAGGUGGAGUGGGGGACAAGAUCAGCCUGGUGCUGGCUCCUGCUCUGGCUGCCUGUGGCUGCAAGGUACCCAUGAUAAGUGGCAGAGGUCUGGCACACACAGGCGGCACGCUUGACAAACUGGAGUCCAUCCCUGGCUUUAACGUCUAUCAGUCUGUACAACAGCUGCAUCGAAUCCUGGAGGAGGUUGGCUGUUGCAUUGUAGGACAGACAGAUAACCUGGUGCCUGCUGACAAGGUCAUGUACGCUCUGAGAGACGUUACGUCUACAGUCGACAGCCUCCCACUCAUCACAGGCUCUAUCAUCUCUAAGAAGGGUGCUGAGUCUCUGAGUGCCUUGGUUCUGGAUGUGAAGUUUGGGAAUGCAGCUCUCUACAAAGACCUGGGCAGUGCCAAGUCGCUGGCCCAGUCCAUGGUGACAGUUGGGAACAGUUUGGGGAUCCGUACGGGGGCGGUGCUUAGUCGUAUGAACUGUCCUAUUGGUCGCUGUGUGGGGAACACUCUGGAAGUGAUGGAGUCCCUGGAGUGUCUAAAGGGGAGGGGCCCAAACGACAUACUGGAGCUGGUUACAAGUCUGGGUGGGCUGCUGUUGUGGAUGAUUGGCCGUGCAGGGAGCCUGGAGGAGGGUAAAAAGGUGAUCUCUACAACCCUGCAAAAUGGUGCAGCCCUGGAAAAGUUCCAGAACAUGAUGAUUGGUCAGGGAGUAGCCAGUCAGAUCGCUGCAUCACUCUGUUCAACCAACGCAGACUACUACAGCAUCCUGAGACAGGCACACUACCAGACAGAACUGGAGACACAGGGCCACGGAACAGUGCUGGACAUAGACGGCAUGGUCAUUGCUCAGGUGCUGCACAGGUUGGGGGCGGGACGUUCGAAGGCCGGAGACCCUGUCAAUCACAGCGUGGGGGCAGAGCUUCUGGUGUCUUUGGGACAUAAGGUGGAGAAAGGGCAGCCAUGGCUGCGUGUCCACUACGAGACUCCGGCGCUGAGUGCAGAGCAGAGACUCAGUCUACAAGGGGCGCUGACACUGGGGCCCGUCGACCUGCUACACACACAGCCACUAGUGGCAGAAAUCAUACUGCCAUAGUGACACAAAUCCACUCUAUGUUAAAGCUUGAUUGGGAGAUGCCUUUUUAAAGGAUGUAUAGUUCAGAACUAAAGCCUCUGUGUCCUGCUCUUCACUCUCAAAGUCCUCUCUGAUUCACUCAUAUAAAGACAUCAGAUUCUGUGGAGACUGAAUAGAUGUUUACCGUUUCCAGGAACUGUGUGAAGGCUGUUAAACAUUACUAAUGCUUGUGUCCUAAAAUAUCCUUCUUUAAGCCUCGGCAUUGGGCUUGAGAUGGUUAAAGAAACCCAUAUCAGAUAUAAAAGUGUGUGUGCACAUUAA